CCUGGUAGCAGAAACCUGAUUCUGUCCAGUAGCAGACAUCGUGGUAAAGAGAGGGUUAAGGGAGAGUGAAGGCGUCUUAUUUCAGCUCUGACAUGACAAUAAUUUAUCCGGAAGUUAUAUAAAGUGUAGUAGAUAUGAUGCGGUUUAUUUAAGCUCGGGCAAAGAGCUAACAGAGUUAUAUUUAGCUAACUAAGCUAACCAGCGGUUCCCACAGUGCGUCUGUUAAAUCGGUCCUCGCCCUCUCAGCUGUCACAUCACGGAGACGAAGUGGACGGACAGGAAACAUGACGAGUUUUGCGAGCAAAGUGUUUUUUAAAGUCGACAGGGUGUGUCGCCACCUCCCCGUGGUCCUCAACACCUUCCUGGUCUUCUCCAUCACCGGCGAGGUGAGCUACUUGGUGCUGGUCGAGGCUCCGCUGGAGGCGGACCAGAAGAAGACGGUGUGGUCCAGCUGGUGGAAGGCGGUCCACCUGCUGGCCCAGUACUUCAUGCUGGGGAACAUCUGCUGGAACUCCCUGCUGUUCCUCAGGACUAACCCCAGCAUCAAGGGGGUGUUCCUGGGGGGAGAGGGCAUGGGUCAGGGCUGGAGGUUUUGCUAUACAUGCGAGACACACACCCCUCCUCGCUGCUCCCACUGCUACGACUGCAAAGUGUGUGUGCUGCGGCGGGAUCACCACUGCGUCUUUUUUGGCCAGUGCGUGGGCUUCCGUAACUACCGCUACUUCCUGAGCUGCUUGUUAUUUAUGUGGUCGGGGCUGCUGUACGCCACUCUGAUGAAUGCAGAGGUCUUCAUCGUCAUACUGAAGGAAGGUGUGACCAUGCACAGCGUCCUGCUGCUGCUCAUACCCUGGAUCAUGCUGGUUUCAGGCCAGGUCUCAGCACGUGCCUUUGCCUUCGCCUUCAUCGCCGACACAUGCGUGGUGGGCUUCCUGCUGGUUUCCGCCUUCUUCUUCUUCCAUCUCUUCCUGAUGUUUCGGGGACAGACCACCAGGGAGUGGUACUCGACCCGCCGACCCUACAGCCUGGGGCUCCUGGGUAAUCUGCGUCACUCCCUGGGCAUUCGCUGGUACAUCUGCUGGCUCUGCCCGCUCAUCUCAUCACCUCUGCCCGGAGACGGGAUAACGUUCCAGGUCACAGGGUCACUGGAGCCCACCCGGUAACAGCUAAGAGUCUGAAUGUUAACAGACUGUGUGUCUUUGCUUUAGUGGUGAUGAUUAAUGUAAUCAGGAGCAGCAGAAACAGGGAAGAUCGCCUCAGUUCACAAAGAGGUAGCUUGUGAUGGGAAGAAGUGUGUGGUUGUUUAAGGUGUCGCUGGGUAUAAAUGUUUACCAGUAUCUUCUCUGUAGCCUUCACCUGUGCUGAGACAAAGAAAUUAUGAGUCUACUCUGAGAGACCUCGACCUUAAAGUAACGCUUAUUGAGGCUGGCCUCAGGAUAUUAACACGGAAAUUAGCAGAGUUCUUCUGGAAUACUGAGCACUGAAAAUCUAUGUAAAACAGCACUGAAAUGAGAAUGUAUUUUAUUGAUCCUGACAGAAAUUAUAAUUUGAAGUCUUCAUAAACAAGCAGUCGCAGCUACUGAUCCAGACUCCUGGGUAGUCGCCCUCUAGGGUAUACUACUUAAAUGGGAAUUUCUAGUAGAGUUUAUUUUGCCUAAAUCUGAACGUUUUACAAAUUUGGCUGGCACUGUUCCUGAAUAGUCCAUAGGAUUAUGAAUCUGCUGUUGUGUACUGGCUGCUAGCAUCAUGACAUGCUUUUGCUCUCCACCUGUCUGCAUCCACUCCUGAGCUCUAGCUGAGUUAACUACUGCUGCACUUGUUGCACCAAAUGAGACACUGAGUGCGUUUACAUGGACAUAAAUAUGCCGUUUAUGAGGCUUAUCCCAGUUAUGAUCAUAGUCAGGGUAUGGUGCUUACAAGAGCACAGAGAAUUUGGGUCAUUCAUAUUCCCCAUAUACGUAAAGAAUCAUAAUAACCUGGACGCUGAUUAUUGCAGUAUAUUUGCGCGGGCACUGGGUCGUUUACAAAACAAAAACAAACUGGCAAUGGAAGAUGAGAGCAACUGGAAAUGUUUGAUACUACAUUGUAAAUUUACCACUUCACUACUUAUAAGCUACGGGUGGGACCCACAAUACGAUAUUAUCACGAUACUUAGGUCACGAUAUGAUAUUAUUGCGAUGUGCUGAGUAUUGCGAUACAAUAUAUUGUGAUUUAAGUCCAGACGUUUGAUUUAAACACCAAUGGCGCAUUUCUGAUUUAUUUCUCCGGUGCUUCCAUCUUUGUUUUUUCCUGUUAGAUGCCGCUGAUUGAGACCAAUGCUGACCUCAAAAAAAAAAAAAAAACACCAGCAACAUCUUGUAGCCCGAAAAAGCAAUUGAUUUUAUUAU